GUACGACGUAACCGGAAAGGGUUGUUACUGCUGUCAGUGAAGAACCAAAACAAAAAUAAUACAGGGGCUAUCUAUCCAAGCACUUGAAAGUAACUUUGUAUUGUCACAUCAGCGUGAACUGAAAACACAUAUAUUUCGUCUUGCAGCUGGAGUUACCAUUUGCAUCAUGUCGAACAUGGAAAAACAUCUCUUCAACCUCAAGUUUGCUGCCAAAGAGCUACAGCGUCAGUCUAAAAAAUGUGACAAAGAGGAGAAAGCUGAAAAAGCCAAAGUAAAGAAGGCCAUCCAAAAGGGCAACAUGGAGGUGGCACGGAUCCACGCAGAGAACGCCAUUCGCCAGAAAACCCAGUCCAUCAACUUCCUCCGCAUGAGUGCACGAGUGGACGCAGUGGCAGCCCGCGUCCAGACGGCCGUCACCAUGAACAAGGUCACCAAGUCCAUGGCGGGCGUGGUGAAGUCGAUGGACGCCACGUUGAAGAGCAUGAAUCUGGAGAAGAUCUCAGCCCUGAUGGACAAGUUUGAGCACCAGUUUGAGACGCUGGACGUACAGACCGCACAGAUGGAGGACACUAUGGGCAAUACCACCACACUCACCACGCCUCAGAGCGAAGUGGACCUUCUGAUGCAUGAGAUGGCGGAUGAAGCAGGGUUGGACCUGAACAUGGAGCUUCCCCAGGGUCAGACAGGAUCUGUGGUUGGUGCCAGUGUGGCCUCAGCAGAGCAGGAUGAACUCUCACAGCGACUGGCCAGGCUACGUGACCAGGUGUAAUGGAUUGGA